GGUUUUGACUUAAUUUUUACUCUUUAUUGCUUGCUCGCUUCAAUACUGCUUUCUUUUAGCAUCUUCGGUUGUUGUUUAGUUGGUGCAUGGAGCUUGUUUACUCGUUUCGACUUCUUCCGAUUUUUUACUACCUGCUCUGCUUGAGUAGUUUAUGAGUUAUGUUUCUCUAAUUUUGCUUACGGAACAGUACAAUCCGUUUUAUUAGUAGCGAUGAAAUAUAAAAUAAGGGAAAGGAUGAGUAAGUAGUCUUUUUUGUGCUGUUCUUUUUCUUCUUUAUUUGAAAAGGAUAGAUUCGGUUCAUGGAAUGAACUCCAGAAUCCAAACGUACUUCUUUAUUUAUUAUAAAUACGUUACGUUACAAUGUGAAACGUCCUUUCUAAUAGAUAAUUAAAUAUUUGUUUAUUGGUAAUUAAGUUAGUUUUUAACGAAAAUAAUAUAUGUUUUUUGGAUACAGAACAAAAUAAUAAUUAAAUAUUUAGAAGAACUUUCAAUACCAAUGGAGAAAAGAUCAAUGCCUAAUAUAUAGGUUCUAAACAAGAAAAUUAAUAAUAAUCCUAAAUUUAUCUUCCUACUAGGAACAAUCAAACAAGAAUAUGCUAAAAUCAACCUUUUUGGAAAUUUAACUACGGAUUGCUUGAUUUUGUAAAAUAUAUCGCUUUUAUAGUAUAUGUGGGAUCGUGCUAUCCAGUUUAAAAUUCGUAGGAGGGACCAAACGUUGUAACUUUGGGAGCCUGGAUUGAUCAUAAGGGUUUAACUAGUGCAAUCAAAGAACUCUUUGGCUGCUUCAACCUUAAGGUUUCUAAUUUACACGUCUGAGGUUCCCUGCUUUAUGGGUUGAAAUUGGUUAAGGUGCAAUGAGCCUCUGAGACUUCUGAAAUUAAAAUAGAAUUGAUCAUAUCAUGUCUGAUCGUGUUGCAAAAUCAGAUUCUGAUAGUGAUGGAACAGCUAGGAAAUCUAUGAAUCAUUACCAAGCUGCUUGGAUGGAUCACUGGAAACAUGCAAGGCACAAACCAUCCACUGAGGUUCGCAGUCAUUUACUGCACUCCCCUGGACCGAAAAAAGAUGAUCACGAAGAUUUUAAGAAGCAUCCUUUGCUUUCUAGGACUGAAAUUGCAGCGAAUAUUUCAAACUAUUCUCAAGGAUUUAGAGACGUUUCUGAAGACAGAACAGAUGACACCUUGAAGAAGCGUCUGAGAAUGGUUUCAAUGAAGUCGGGGAAAGAAAUUUUAGAUGGACAGCCUCUUCCACUGUUCAGCAAUUUAGGGAAUAGGGAGAAUGCCAUGUCUUCUAAGAAUGAUGCAGGUACUUCAUCUGGCGGUGAGGCAGUGAAGUAUCAAAUUGAUCUCAAUGAUGGCCAUAAUUCUAUUGGGUUGGGUAGAAGUGAGUGGGCUUAUCCAGAGGGCAUAUCACGAGUACCUCAGAAGCUGAUCAAGCCUCAUGAAUUUCUUGAAAACAACACUUUAGCUGUUUCAUCAUCUUUUCUGGAUGAUGUUGGGUCAUGUUCUAAAAUUGUACCAUAUGUACUGCAUAGUGCUGCAGCUCCAACACAGUCCUUCACUUAUCAGCAUGAAAACAUUGAUCAACCAAGCCCUGUUGUAGCAUCCAAAGAGCACCUCGCAGAUGCUAAACUUUGCAGCUAUUCUAACUUUUGGGUCCAUGAGAAGAAAGCUGAUAUCCUUUUCGAGUCCAGAAGAGUGGAGAAUUCACUGUCCGGGCAGAAUGUUGCACCUUUAUUACUUAAUGAUCAGUCAAGAAACAAUAGUCAGAAUAAGCAGAGUCAGGAAGUGGAAUAUGAUUCUAGUCUUAGAUUGCUUCCAAGCUUGGGCAGUCCUGAGGCUGAGAAAUCAGGAAAAGCAUACGAUGAACAUCUCUUGCUGCCAAGAAUACCUCGUUCUGUUCAUGAUGUCAAGACUAUGAGAAUAUGUGCCACUAUUGAUUCUGUGGAAGAAUUACCCACAGGUCCCUCCAAGAUUUCUCAAACAACUCACCAAUUUUUCAUUACAAAGAAGACUGGUGUUAACUUAACUGAAGGAGGACAAGAGUUCAGAGAUGCAACAGUCUCCCCCAAAUUGAAGGGAAAAAUGUUCAAUGAGUUCCUGAGCUUAUCUCCCAGUUUCAGUUUCCAUGGUCAGCAAGGAGUAAAACUGCAACCUCUGGAGAGCUCUACAGAUAGUGAAAGAAAAGAAAAUGUUCGGGACAUCAGAACUUCUACUGUUUGUUUAAAGAAUGAAUCAUCAGUUGAAACUGACGCGAUGGAAUUGGAUGUUUUCCAGAAGAGCCUUCUUUCAGGAGUGGCUUUAUGUCCAUUAGAUCAGAACAUCAAGGGGGUUCAUAAACCAUCAUUAUCAGAAACUGGAAAUGGUACUGGAGAAGCUGGGAAUGAAAUGGUCAACGGGGAAUCACCUGAUAUGAAUGAAAGACUUCCUGCACUUCCAGCUGCAGCAAAUUCAAUAGAUGAUGGAGGGACAAGCACCUCUAGAACCCAGAGCCUAGAUGCAGAGCAUCUCCUUUUCCAUGCUGAGCAGCCUUCAAAUUCCAAUGCUACUGCUUGUCCAGAUGGUCCUCUGGAGCCAGAUCCAAGCAGCAGAUGGGUUAAACGUCUCAAAUUGAGCACCUCACAUCCUUUUGCUUCUGGUACUAAAAUCUCUAAAAUGGGAGAAGUUUCAUCCUGUGUAAAGAUUAACAAGAUCAGCAAAAUCAUGAAUUGCAGCAAAACAAGUUCAGAGCCCACAGUAGGUAGAAGCCAUGUGAGAUCAAAAUUGGCACUGGAUCAACAUCCAGUGCUAUUAAAGAGUGGCGAGUCCAGUUCCAGUGGUUCAGGGAGGAAAAGUCAAGAAAUCUCUCUUUCGCGUACUUGGAUUCAUCGAUGGUGUCGUCGCAUAGCUGCACCUCCAAACAAGAAGCCUGAUGCUGCAGUGCUCUGUGAACCACAGAGCUCAAAGGCAAAAUCGGAUGAACUCCAAGAGAAGCAGUUUCCAAGCAUUGCAGCCAUGGCUUUGAUGGGGAAGGCCAUGAACGGUUUUCAUCCUUGUGAGUUCAAAAGGAAGGGGUCUUUGAUAGUUUGGAACACUUAGAGCUUCCAAGGCAAUUCUAGCUAAAACCAUUUGUGGCGCAAAAACAAAUUGACCUUUAGGUUUUGCCAGGAGUGUUGGUGGUUCCAUUUGUUGCCGAGGGCAAUAGAUGCCUGCCCCAUCUUUAUUAUAUAUGAUAAGAUAUUUGGCACAAAUCAAGUCAAAAUGUUGCCUAGGUAUGUUUCCUUCCUGCAUGCAUACAUUUCAUGUGACAUUUACAUCAAAGGGUAAAAGUUUUUGUAGCUGGGUUAUUUACGGAGGGAUCUUACAGAGGCCAUUUGUCUUGAAUGAGCACUUGGAUGGAGGAUGAAAGAGGCGAUCACAACAGCUAUCAUCUUUUCUUGUAAGUUUGAAGAACACUCCAUGAUAUUCCCUGUUUUGGUUAAAAACAUCAUUGGACUGGGAAAUGAUAAGGAAAUAGAAACUGGACCGUGAAUAUCUAUUAACAUGUUAAAAGUAAGUUGUGUAAUAAUGAAUGAGGUAUUUGUUUUUGUCCACAA